AUGUCAGCCAUAAAAACUAAACCCAAUCCAACCAUAACCAAUGCUAGAAGAAUAAUCAUACUAGUUACCAUCUUGUUGGUGUUACCAUUUGCUGGAUAUUACUAUCUAGAACACUCAACAACAUCAAGCGUAUUCAUUGAAGAGCCAAUUUUCCAACAAGUUCACGUAUCGAUUGUGUCUGAUGGCAACAAGAAGAUUGAUUUGGGUAUAGAAAGCUUAUUUGAUGAGAUUAUUCCGGCAGAGUUUAAGGAUAGGUUGGGAAUAACAACCAAUAUACAGAAUAACAUUGAAUUGUUCAAACUGAAUUCCAGUGUGUUGGAACCAUCAGAGAUACCUUAUUUGAUUAAUUUAGAUGAAUUAUACAGUACCAACAAUUUAAAUUAUGUGAUAUUUUUGCCUCAAAACGGAUUGACUAUUAAGGACUCAACUACCAACAGUUUCACAGUUGAAGGGUUCGGCACAAUUGGUAUAUUGAAUGAUUGGAGCUUACAAAAGAAGGAUUUGUUACCCCUUCUCAAUAUUUUUAAAUCUAAUUUAAUAAGGACAUUGAAACAGUCUCAAAGUGCAACACCAAAGGGAGUUUCCACUGAGAUUACAUCAUUCACACCAAUGGAUCAUAAAUUAGCAGUGUUUCUACCAAUUCUUGGUCCAAUUGGGAUUUCAAUAUUAAAUGGCUUGGCAAAUUUUUCGAAAUAA